CUUGGAAGUCAGAAUGCUUAGUCUCGGGCGAUUGGGGACCGUUGCUGGUCUUUUUCUACUGGCUCAAGCUGCGCCAGCUCCGCUGCGCAGAGAUGUCAGUGCCUCGGUCCUCAGAAACCUGGAUCUCUACGCACAAUAUAGUGCGGCUGCGUAUUGUGAAGAGAACCUGAACUCUACGGGGACUAAGCUGUCAUGCGGAGGUGGCAAUUGUCCCCUUGUAGAAGCUGCUUCUACGAAGUCGCUUGACGAAUUCAACGAAUCGUCGUCCUAUGGAAGCCCUGCCGGAUUUCUUGCUGCCGAUGACACGAACAAACUCUUGGUGCUUUCAUUCCGAGGAAGCUCCGACCUGGCCAACUGGAUCGCAAAUCUGAAUUUUGGCCUCGAGGAUGCCAGCAAUUUGUGUUCCGGGUGCGAAGUGCAUAGCGGUUUCUGGAAAGCGUGGAGUGAGAUAGCCGACGAGAUGAGCGCCAAGGUGGAUUCUGCCCUAUCGAGCCAUCCAGACUACACUCUAGUGAUGACAGGGCAUAGCUACGGUGCUGCCUUGUCGGCGCUCGCGGCGACUGUCUUCCGAAAUGCUGGACGUACGGUUGAGUUGUACAACUAUGGCCAACCCCGACUGGGAAAUCUCGAAUUGGCCCAGUAUAUCACCGACCAGAACAAGGGUGGCAACUAUCGGGUCACUCAUACCGAUGACAUUGUACCUAAGCUACCCCCCAAGCUGCUUGGAUACCACCACGCCAGUCCGGAGUACUGGAUUACCAGUGCCGAUGAGGCAACUGUGACCACGGGUGACGUGACAGAGAUUACUGGGAUUGAUUCAACCAAGGGCAAUGAUGGGACUAGUGAGACUAGUACCGAUGCCCAUCGGUGGUAUUUUGUCCAUAUCAGCGGAUGUACGACGUCGUGAAAGUGUCACCUAUAUAGCCCCAUGCAUGAGACCUAG